AUGCAGAGCAGCCUAAUCACGUGCAACGACUUUGCAGAGGAGGAGGAGGUGCAGUCCUUCGGCUACAAGAGGUUUGGUAUUCAGGAGGGGAGCCAAUGUACCAAGUGUAAAAAUAACUGGGCACUGAAGUUCUCCAUCAUCUUAUUAUACAUUUUAUGUGCCCUAUUAACAAUCACAGUAGCCAUUCUGGGAUACAAAGUUGUAGAAAAAAUGGACAAUGUGACAGGUGGCCUGGAAACAUCCCACAGAAGAUACACAGAAAAACUCACAGAAGUGGAGAGUGAUCUGAAGAAAUUAGAUGACCAAGCUGGACAAAAAGCCUUGAAUACUAACACUGAACUGUCCAGCUUCAGAUCUGACAUUCUGGCUCUUCGUCAGCAACUUCAUGACAUUGCAGAGAAAACUACCAGAAACAAAGAUACACUGGAGAAGCUGCAAGAAUCUGGAAAUGUAUUAGAUGAUAGACAGAACCAAAUGAAAAGUGCCUUAGAUAGUAACUCUUUCAUGAUCAUCAGUGUCAAUAAGACUCUUCAGGCAUAUACUGGCUAUAUCAACAAUCUUCAACAAGACACAAGUAAUAUACAAACAAACUUGCAAAGCCAAGAGCAUUCUCAUAAUGUGAUCAUCAUGAGCCUGAACAACUUAAACCUGACUCAAAUACAGCAAAGAAAUCUUAUCAGUGUCUUACAGAAGUCAGUGGAAGAUACAAGUUCAGCUAUUCUAAGAAUCAGGAAUGACUUUCAAAAUCUGCAGCAAGUUGUCCUUCAGGCCCGGAAGGACACUGACUGGCUUAAGGAGAAAGUACACAAUUUACUGGCUUUGGCUGCCAACAACUCAGCAAUGGCAAAAGCCAACAAUGAUACACUUGAAGACAUGAACAAUCAGCUCAGCUCCUUCAGUGGGCAGAUGGAAAACAUCACCACAAUUGCCCAAGCCAACGAACAAAGUCUAAAGGAUCUCCAGGAGCAGCAUAAAGGAGAUGAAAACAGAACUGCUGCCAAAUUCAGCCAUCUAGAAGAAAGGUUCCAGAUCUUUGAAACCGAUAUAGUCAAUAUCAUUAGCAACAUCAGCUACACUGCUCAUCACCUACGGACACUGACGAGCAAUCUCAAUGAGGUCAGGACAACUUGUACGGACACCUUAAGUAAACACUCAGAUGAGCUGAUUUUUAUGAACAGCACACUAGCCAAUAUUCGCAUAGACUCUGCAUCUCUCAAGGUGCAACAGGAUUUGAUGAGGUCAAGGCUAGAUGUUGAAGUUGCCAAUUUGUCAGUAAUCAUGGAAGAAAUGAAGCUGGUGGAUUCCAAACAUGGCCAGCUCAUCAAGAACUUCACUAUUCUACAAGGCCCUCCUGGUCCAAGGGGACCUAAAGGUGACAGAGGCCCUCAAGGUCCUCUUGGCCCCGCUGGCCUAAAAGGACAAAAAGGAGAGAAAGGAGAGCCCGGACCACCAGGACCUGCGGGUGAGAAGGGCCCGCCUGGGCCAGCCGGGCCACCAGGAGAAAAAGGAGGGAAAGGUUCAAGAGGAUCACCUGGCUCCAAAGGUCAGAGAGGUUCUCCCGGCAAGACAGGUUUGCCUGGACCAAAUGGAGACCCAGGGCCACCAGGGCCACCAGGCAAGGAUGGUCCACCAGGGCCUCAAGGCCCACCAGGAUUCCAAGGCCUGCAAGGAACAGUGGGAAGCCCGGGCUUACCAGGACCGCGAGGAAUAACUGGACUACCUGGAGUCCCUGGGCUGCCUGGUCCAAAGGGCCCACCUGGCCCACCAGGGCCACCAGGUCCAGGGAUGCCAAUGGCACUGCAGAGUGAACCUACGCCCACACCCGAGGCUAAUGGUUGUUCUCCCCACUGGAAGAACUACACGGAAAAGUGCUACUACUUUUCAAUUGAAAGAGAAAUUUUUGAAGAGGCAAAGUUAUUCUGUGAAGAGAAGGCAUCACGCUUGGUUAUCAUCAAUAACAAAGAGGAGCAGCAAUGGAUAAAAAGGCAGAUUUUUGGGAAAGGCAGCUUCUGGAUUGGACUAACAGAUUCAGAGAAGGAAAAUGAAUGGAGAUGGUUGGAUGGAUCCUUACCAGUUUACACAAACUGGAAAACUGGGCAGCCUGAUAACUGGAGUCAUGGGCACGGGCCAGGGGAAGAUUGUGCCGGAUUGAUCUAUGCUGGGCUCUGGAAUGACUUCUACUGUGAAGAUGUUAACAAUUUCAUUUGUGAAAAAGACAUGGACAAAGGGCAAAUUCUUGGAGUGUAAUAGGCUGUGACUUUACAGAUACCUUCAUAUUAAGGAAAUUUAUGUAAAGAAGAAGAAAAUCCUGGGAAAGAGCAACACUGACUUCCAAAAUUGAAAAAAAAAAAAAAAACAGGAAAAAGCAAGCACUGAAAACUGAUUUUAAAGCAUGAAGGAAUUCAGCAGUAA